UCCGCUAGUUCUUCCGCUCCUCUCAGGGAGACUACUGUAAACAGGACCCGCACUACAGCUGAGAAGUUCACGAAUGCGAACACUUGCCAAAGGAUUCAUCACGACAGCGGUCAAAACGAGAAACGACAGACCCGACGCAUCGACAGGAGAGAGGAAAAAUACUUCCCAGUUCUCUCAUCACUUUCCUGCUACCUCCGCACCAUCGGUGUGCGCUCUAGAGAAGUCAAUGUAUCCUAAGUAAUACGGAUAUUCGAAACGCACCUCUAUCAGCUCGGAAAUGGGUCAAACGCUGUCAGAACCCGUGACUGUCAAGGAAACCUCCUGCUGUGGGAACGAGAUGCUCAAGGUGGGAGCAUCAUGUCUCCAAGGCUGGCGGAUCAGCAUGGAGGACGCGCACACUCAUCUUCUGAGUCUUCCCGAUGACCACGACGCGGCUUUCUUCGCGGUUUAUGACGGCCAUGGGGGCGCGAAAGUUGCAAAAUACGCCAGCUGCCAUGUGCAUCGAAAAAUCGUAGCUCAAGCCGCUUAUCAAGCGGGAAAUUAUGUCGAAGCGAUCCAACGGGCUUUCCUUGAAGUGGAUCAAGAUAUGUUGAAUGAUGACGUAAUGAAAGAAGAACUAGCGGGCUCGACCGGCGUCAUCGUCCUCAUCAAACGAGAUGAUCCUAAAACUUUGGGAACGCUCUAUUGCGGAAACAUCGGCGACUCGCGAGCCGUCGCGUGCGUCGCUGGACGAACGGUUCCGCUAUCGUUCGAUCACAAACCUUCGAAUAAAGAAGAAGCGAGACGGAUCAAUGCGGCCGGUGGAUGGGUAGAUCUCAACAGAGUUAAUGGAAACCUAGCCCUUUCUCGAGCCUUCGGCGAUUUCGUCUUCAAGAAGAACGAGAAGAAACCAGCCCAUGAACAAAUAGUCACAGCGUUUCCAGACGUAACGGUCGAAGCGCUCACGCCAGAUCACGAGUUCGUCAUACUAGCUUGCGAUGGCAUUUGGGACGUCAUGUCGAAUGAAGAAGUCGUGCAAUUCAUCCGCGUCAGACUUGCUGAAAGGAUGGAGCCGGAAAUCAUCUGUGAGGAGCUGAUGACACGAUGUCUGGCACCCGAUACCUCGAUGGGAGGCCUGGGCUGCGACAACAUGACGGUAGUGCUAGUCUGCUUUCUCAAUGGACGGAGCUUCGACCACUUGGCCGCGAAGUGCUCUCGACACAUCCAAGAGCAAGCAGACUAUCCUAGAACCAUCGGUCUGGCCCCUCAGAAACAAUCGAUAGUCACCACGAUGGCUCACGCCCUGACUCCGCCCGAGCUGCCGUCUCCGGACGAUCACGAUUCUGUGCCAAACAGUCCGAUGUCUGAAGAAAUUGUCGAAUACCCCGGGUAUGCGGACAGCGCGGUCGGGGGGUACGCUGAGAGCGCGUACACGUUCGACUCCGAGAAAAUCGUCCCCGUAACGACGCAAGCUGUACCUUCUACGUCGGCCCAAACUCAGACGGGAGACAGCAGAGCGUCGAGUAGACCCGAUGAUCCAAAGUCUCCCGCCGAGAGAAACGACGCACUCGCAGACAUGAGCGAGGCGACGAGCGAAGCCGAACGCUCCUCGGCCUGAAAGUCGCGGAGCUCUCCAAACUCGUUGGUUCCAGAGCUACACAAAGAUCUACCUAUAUUCCUUGAGAGGGACAAACGCUAAACAUUCCCCGGGUCUAGUCUCGUUCGAAAAUUUCUUCCGAUCUGAGGGUCAGAUGCCCCCGUGAGUUACCUGUUAGACAAGAGCACCGCCAAGCGCAUCCUAGCCGCGUCGGGUAUCGAGGAGCGAAUGCCGAGCGGCCUCGAGCUCGUCCUCAGAGGUACUUUAACACCAUCCACCUGCCUGAUAUGAUAACUCCAUCAUCGACACCAUGACUUCUGGUGAUGGGUUCCUCCGCGCGUUCCGCGAAGAGGAGUCGAGGCGGUACCAUGGAAAUUUGAGAGGAAAUGAGUGUAGAUUGCCCGAUGUGUGGGACGACGUUUACUGGCAGAUGCAUGAUAAUUUUUCCAAUAUACGUACAUUUUAGAUACCAAUUCUGAUCACCACGCCUCGUGGAGGAACGGACCUACUCAUAGAGCUUCUAGGAGGGCAGUCUGGAGAGAGCAUCAAAUAGAGCGCUGCCGGCACUUAAACGCCGCUUCGGCGCCCUUGACGUUCGAGGAAGACUCUCCGAUCGAAGAGAUCCCGCAUGAU